ACCCAUUUACCACUUCCGCUCCCACUUCCGGCGCUUGGCAUCGUCUCUCUCGUCUCCGGCCGCAUCGAUGGCAAAGGCGCCGGCGGCGGAAGCCAUGGACGUCGAGGCGCCGGCUCGUCCGCCCAGCGCCACAACCGCAGCAAAGCCACGCUCCCCCCACGACCUCCUCGCCGAGACCCGCGCCUCCGUCGAGGAGGUCGCCGCCCGCAUACUCGCCAUCAAGAAGGACGGCGCCCCCAAGUCCGAGCUCCGCGAGCUCGUCGCGCAGAUGUCCCUCCUCCUCAUCACGCUCCGCCAGGUGAAUAGGGAGAUACUGAUGGAGGAGGAUAAGGUGAAGGGGGAGACGGAGGCGGCGAAGGCGCCCGUGGACUCCACGACGCUGAGGCUGCACAACCUGCUGUACGAGAAGAACCACUACGUGAAGGCCAUCAGGUCGUGCCUCGACUUCCAGACGAAGCACCCGGGGAUAGAGCUCGUGCCUGAGGAGGAGUUCCACCGCGCCGCGCCGGCUGACAUCCGCGACAAGACGCUCGCGGCUGACACCGCCCACGACCUCAUGCUCAAGCGCCUCAACUUCGAGCUCGUCCAGCGUAAAGAGCUAUGUGAGCGACAUGAGAAAUUGGAACAACAGAAGAACAGUUUGCUGGGGACAAUUGCAAAUCAGAAGAAGUUCCUUUCAAGCCUCCCAUCGCAUUUGAAAUCACUGAAGAAAGCAUCAUUGCCAGUGCAGCAGCAGCUUGGGAUGCUGCAUACCAAGAAAUUAAAGCAGCACCAUGCAGCUGAGUUGCUCCCAUCUCCUCUUUAUAUAACCUACACCCAGUUGUUAGGACAGAAAGAAGCAUUUGGCGAGAAUGUUGAAGUGGAGGUAAAUGGAAGCACAAAGGACGCUCAAACUUUUGCUCAACAGCAAGCCAAGCAGGAAAUGGCAGGCACUUUGGCAAAUGAUGAUAAUAAUAGGAUGGAUGACGAUGCAAUUGAUGAGGAAGAAGAUGCUCAGAGAAGAAGAUCAAGGUCUAGGAAGAGUUCAAAGGAAGCUAGUAAUCCUGCAUUAGCAUAUCAACUUCAUCCACUCAAAGUUGUUCUCCAUGUAUAUGAUACUGAAGAUUCUGGAACCAAGCGUCGUAAGCUCAUCACUUUGAGAUUUGAAUACUUGGCAAAGUUGAAUGUUGUCUGUGUUGGAUCUGAAGAUUCAGAUGGGAUGGACAGCAAUAUCCUGUGCAACCUAUUUCCAGAUGACACUGGCUUAGAGCUGCCUCAUCAGAUGGCUAAGCUUUAUGCUGGGGAGACUCCAAAUUUUAGUGAAAAGGAUUCACGUCCAUACAAGUGGGCACAACAUCUAGCUGGUAUAGAUUUCCUGCCGGAGGUUCCUCAAUCUGUUGGGGAUAGUUCUAACAGAGCAUCGAGAAAUGCUGAUUUGUCAUCUGGGCUUGCACUAUACCGUCAGCAGAAUCGUGCACAGACUAUUUUGCAGAGAAUCCGCUCUCGGAAAAUUGCACAAAUGGCUCUCACGUGGCAACUUAAUUACUUAACUAAGCUGAGGUGGCCUCAAAUAGAACACGAGAAUACACCAUGGGCAUCACGCACCCCAUCGUGUAGUAUGCAUAGUUGGUCAUUGACAGGCGUUUUUCCUGAGCCUUCGGCUCGUUCUGCUUUAGUGGUGAGUGGGCCUGCAGGAAGUGUUGACAGUGAUUUGGAGAGAAGAUCUGUGACAAAUGGGCAAGAAACCGAGGGUAACAGAGAGGAUGGUGAGCUUCCAAUUGUGGUUCACGCUGAAGAUAUGCCAGAUGGUUCUAAAGUAUCACAGGCGGAGAUCUCACCUGAAGUUCUAAACCAUUCUAGAGGCUUAUCUCUUAUAUCAAAGGGCUCUGCACCAUCUAAGUUAAGCAUCUCACACAGUUUUGGUAGAAAUGAGGAUGAUCUUGAUUUCUUAAUGGACAGUGACAGUGAGUUGGAGGAGCUGGCAUGUGCUGACCAAGAAACUGAGCAAGGUAACCUCACUAUAGAUAAAUCCUGGGAGGAUUAUGCUUCCAGAGAGUUCACCAUGGUCUUGAGUAAAACUUUGAAGAAUGGUUCAAAAGUCAUGCUGGAAGCCAAGAUUAAGAUUAGCAUGGAGUAUCCUCUUAGGCCACCGCUUUUCAGAUUACAGAUGGUUUCUGAAAAGACCGAAGAUUUGAAAUGGCACAAUGAUCUUCGUGCAAUGGAAGCUGAGGUGAAUCUUCACAUCCUCCGAAUUCUGCCUCGGUCGUACGAGGACUAUAUAUUAACCCACCAAGUUUUGUGCCUGGCUAUGUUGUUUGAUAUGCAUUUGGACGAGGAUCACGAGAAAAGGAAAGUUACUUCAGUGAUUGAUGUCGGGCUUUGCAAACCAGUCAGUGGAACCAUGCUCACUAGAUCGGUCAGGGGGAGAGACCGCAGGCAGACCAUCUAUUGGCGAGAGAAACCUUCUUUCGGUACUGGAAUUAACGUGGUCUGACAGCAGUAGAAGCUGCCAAGCUUGCCCAUGCUGGCUGGAGAGAGAUGCUUCCCUGUUGCUCGACGAUAGUUUUCUAACCAUUAUGGCAUUAUGAUGUUUGAUAUGCAAUCACAAGAAUACCGAAACUCUUGGUACACUUUAUCUUGCUUGAUGUUACAUGGAACUUUGCAACUCCAGCAGACUUGGUCCGUGCAGCAUCAAGCAACAGACAGAUUGCAUGCCCCUUGAUGCUGCUGGUGGUGCUGCUGGUCAGACUUGCUUGUUCAUGCUGAAAUCUUCCAAGCCAGACAGACAGACGGGUUUCGUUCUUGCGAUUGUGUAAAUUAUAAGUUCCCAAACUGUAUGUUCAAUCUGAACUACCAAAUUGAUGCAUUUUUCUGUCCUUUUUCGUGCCUUCUAACCUA